GGAUAGAUAGACAGAGAUAUAGAGAGAUAGAGAUAUAUAUAUAUAGAGAGAGAGAGCUAUAUAGAGAUAUAGAUGGAUAGAGAGAUAGAUAUAGAUAGAUAGAUAGAUAUGUAUAGAUAUAUAGAUAGAUCUAUAUCAAUUCCUUUGUGCAAAUACAUGUAAGGCUAUUAAAGGGUUAAAAGAUGUUUCUGAGCGUCAUAUGGGUACCACUCCAACUAUAUCCAACGUGUAAAUCCUGCUUUAAGUUCAGGUCACUUCAAAAUUAACUUCAGUGGUGCCUGGCAUUUGCUGGAAUCUGUAGACUGCCUUUCUAAAUCCUGUGCUGGAUCUUAAGCAACAGGGUUCAUGCACCGCUACCUAAUCUCCAAGGACUAUUAAAGGUGGCGUGGUGCAUCGACUUCUCUCUCCACUUCGCUAGAUCUUUGUACGGACCUACACGUUCGUGUUCUCUCGGAGCAAACCUAUAUGUGACUAUAUAUCGAGCUUUUUCCAUCGCAUCGUUAGUGCAGGACAUCUCUAAGCGUUUCACUCCAGGAAAGGGUUUGCUCUAUUGAACUGAACACUAGAAGAUGUGGUGGAUGUUGUUUCCCCGAUGGAUCUGGUUUUUCCUUGGGCACGUCUGCGUUUUGCGCUUGCAUCUUCGGGUCCGGGCAAUGACUGUGUCCAAGGUGGUGUAUUCUCACGCCGGAAUGUGUCCUAAUGAGAUGAACCCGAAUCUCUGGGUGGACGCUAUGAGUACCUGCAUGCGCGAGUGCCAGUCAGAUCAGGACUGUGAGACAUUUGAGAAGUGCUGUUUAAAUGUGUGUGGAAGCAAGAGCUGUGUGGCUGCCCGCUAUAGGGACAUGAAGGGAAAUAAAGGACCAGUGGGAAUGCCAAAAGAGGCCACCUGUGACAAGUUCAUGUGCACCCAGCAGGGUUCAGAGUGUGACAUCUGGGAUGGGCAGCCUGUGUGCAAGUGUCGUGACCGCUGUGAGCGGGAGCCUCGUUUCACCUGUGCCUCAGACGGUAUGACCUACUACAACAAGUGCUACAUGGAUGCAGAGGCCUGUUCUAAGGGUGUCACCCUUACUGAAGUUACUUGCCGGUUCCACCUGUUGUGGCCCAACACCAGCCCUCCUCCUGAGGAGACGACUAUGCUUCCUACUACUGUUUACCUGGAAACUACCCCUAUGGACAUCCGGGUUCCUACAGUGAUCAGCAAUCCAGUGCAAAACAUUGUGUUUGUGGGUGAGACAGCAAGUUUCCUGUGUGAAGUCACUGGCAAACCCAAACCAGAGAUCACAUGGGAGAAACAGGUAGAGGGAAAAGAGAACACAGUCAUGAGGUCAAACUACGUACAAGGUAACAUAGUAGUGACUAACAUUGCUCAACUUGUCAUCUACAAUGCUCAGCUCCAAGAUGCGGGUAUUUAUACCUGCACUGCUAAAAACGUGGGUGGAUCUAUACAGACCCACUUUGUGCUGUCUGUCAUACGUCAGGAUCAAGCCAUGAAUGAGAGCUUAGUGAAUUCCACACGUCUUCCUGCUGAGGAGUGUCUGAAAGCACCUGAUAUGGGCGACUGUGGAGAGGAAACCAUCAGCUGGUACUAUGAAGCCAAGAGGAACAACUGCUUCACCUUCACCUAUAGCCAGUGCAACAAGAACAGAAACCACUUUGACACGUACAAGUCAUGCAUGCUAUCCUGUGGAGCUGAACUAGCUGCCCCUUGCUCCCUCCCUAGUGUCCAGGGACCCUGCAAAUCUUAUGAGCCACGGUGGGCAUACAAUCAUCUCCUCAAGAAGUGCCAGUCUUUUGUCUAUGGUGGCUGUGGUGGCAAUGAGAACAACUAUGAAAGUAAGGAGGCCUGUGAGGACAUGUGCCCCUUCCCCAAGAACCACAACUGCAAGCUGUGCAAGCCAAAACAGAGGAUGAUUACCAGCUUCUGCAAGAGUGACUUUGUGAUCUUGGGUCGCAUUACAGAACUGACAGAAGACCAAGAUUCAGGCCAUGCACUCAUUACAGUAGAUGAGAUCCUAAAGGAUGAAAAGAUGGGGUUGAAGUUCUUUGGACAGGAGCCCUUGGAAGUGACACUGCUCAACAUAGACUGGAGUUGUCCAUGUCCCAACAUCACUAAUGCUGAGGGCCAGCUGAUUAUCAUGGGGGAGGUGCACAAUGGGAUGGCAGUACUGCAGCCUGACAGCUUUGUGGGAGGCUCCAGCAGCCGUCGCAUACGCAAGCUCCGCGAAGUCAUCAACAAGAAGGCAUGUGCUUUUCUCAAGGAGACUGGCAACACACAAUAGCAAUAAGCUCACAAUGAAAUGCAGUGGACUCUUUGAAACACCAUAUGUACCCGUACCCACCAACCUUUUUCUAGGCAUUGUAAUGAGCCACCAGCAUUAUCAUAUUACAUCAAAGCUUUCAGUUCCAUUCCAGUGUUUGAAGCUUUCAAACAAGAAAAACUACAAUUAAUUCAUAGACAGUUAUCUCCAUGUACAAAUUAUCAUUGUUACUUAUUUACUUUGAACGUAACUGUUUUUAAGCACUUAUUUUGUAAAAAUUGCCAAAAAAAAUCUUUUCAUAUUUUAGUUACACAAAUUGUGUGUGCUCUUAAAUCUGAACUUUAAUGACAGAACACCUU